AUGUCUUCCACCACAGCUGCAAGCAACGAGCCGUUUAAGCCGGCGAGGAGGGUUGCCGGGCAGCGACAGGAUGUUUGGUCGAUUGUCAACGAAGCCGCGGCUGCAUCGCCGGUUCAGCCAAUCGUGAACAUGGGACAAGGUUUCUUCGGUUAUAAUCCUCCUCAGUACGUGAUUGAUGCCGCUAAGGAGGCGGUGCAGACGGUUGAGUCUAACCAGUAUGCGCCUACGAAGGGCCUCCCUCGCCUCAAGAAGGCAAUCUCUGAUGCUUACUCUCCAUUCUUUGGAAGGGAGCUCAAUCCCAACACCGAGAUUGUCAUUACCAGCGGUGCCAAUGAAGGAAUGCUGAGUGCCUUCAUGGGAUUCAUUGAGCCUGGAGAUGAAGUUAUAAUAUUUGAACCAUUUUUUGACCAAUAUAUUAGCAAUAUCGAAAUGCCGGGCGGCAAAAUCAGAUAUGUGCCACUCCAUCCUCCAAAGGAUGGUGCCGAGAAGACAUCUUCUGCCUCAGCAUGGACCAUUGACUUUGAUGAACUGGAAAGGACUAUCAACGAAAAGACGAAGAUGAUUGUCCUCAAUACUCCCCAUAACCCUGUGGGCAAAGUAAUGUCCCGCGAGGAGCUCGAGAAAGUAGCCGAUCUCUGCGUCAAGCAUAACCUCAUCAUCCUCUCUGAUGAAGUGUAUGAUCGACUCUUUUACGUCCCAUUCACACGCAUGGCAACGCUCUCACCCGAGGUAUCCAAGCGAACUAUCACCGUCGGUUCUGCAGGUAAGAAUUUUUAUGCCACUGGCUGGCGAGUUGGGUACCUCAUUGGCGAAGAGCACCUUAUCAAGUAUGUCGCUGCUGCCCAUACCAGAAUCUGCUACAGCAGUGUUGCGCCCUUGCAGCUUGCCACUGCUGUUGGGCUCGAGAAGGCAGACGAGAUGGGAUUCUGGGACGAGAGCCGAAAGGAGAUGCGCGGCAAAGUCGAGCGGUUCUGUGAGGUAUUCGACGAGCUUGGAAUUCCCUACUCUGAUCCAGAGGGCGGCUACUUCGUCCUGGCCAAUAUGGCGAGCGUCAAGAUGCCGGAAGACUACCCGUUCCCUCCUCACGUUGCCUGCCGGCCGCGCGAUUUCAAACUGUCCUGGUUCUUGAUUAAGGAGGUCGGCGUUGCCGCCGUCCCGCCUACUGAGUUCUACACUGACGCCAACGCCCACAUUGCAGAGGACUACCUCCGAUUCGCUGUCUGCAAGCCAGACCAAGUUCUGGAAACGGCCAAGGAGCGGCUCCGUGGCCUGAAGAAGUAUAUCCAGUAG